AUGCUCGUCUAUGUGACCGGCCCUGAGAACCGGAUCACGAUCGAGGAUACCGGCUUCUUCCUCGACUUCAGUCCUGUCGAGGGUGAACCAGGGAGGAUCGAGGUCGACGUUCGGCCGCCUGGGACGCCGCCGCCGACUUUUGACGUAGGUGUUCGUGUCGAUGCGAGGGGAUGCUUGGGCACCUUCCUCGCCAUCGUCGUCCCGCCCGUCGAUAGCAUCGGCUGUGAAGACGAGGACGUCGAGCAGGUCCGCGAGGUUCUCUUCUAUUGCCUCGAAGGUGGCCACCUUCCCCUCGCUCGCACGCCCGCCCAUCCCUGCUAUCACCUCCGCAAAAUCCUCACCGACGGUUCGUUCUACUACUCCAAGACGUUCGACCUCACGAGCCGACUCGCAACAAGGAUCAAGGCGCAGAAUCAGCUUGCAGAAGCGUGCACGCCCAUCGCUCGCGCCGACGCACCCGAACCAGCGCCGACGCCUUCUUAUCACGAAGGGACACGGGAGUUCGUCUGGAACACGCACAUCCUCCGACCCCUUCGAGCGCUCCGAGACUCGCUCGACCCGCAAGUCCAGUCCGCCUUCGACUCGCGCUCGUUCAUCCUGCCGGUCAUCCAGGGCUUCUACGGCGCUUCGGAGGUAACGCUUGGAGCGGAGAAGGUCAUGCUGGCGGUCAUCAGUCGGCGAGGUUGGGCGCGAGCGGGCACGAGGUUCUUGAAACGAGGAAUCGACGAUGCUGGGAAUGUCGCCAACUUCGCUGAGACUGAGACGAUCCUACAGACUCGCGACAAGACGCUCUCGUUCGUCCAGGUUCGCGGCAGCGUGCCACUCAUCUGGACUGAAGUUCCACAUUGGCAUGGGCCUGUCGAAGUCCACCUAACCGAACCGGUCGACGCCGUCUCCCUUCCUCCCCUCCUCUCCCACUUCCGCUGGCUCGUGAAGGAGUACUCCGAAGUCCACAUCUACAAUCUCCUCUCCGACUUGCCGACAGGCUCGCUCGCCGCCGAAGCUUUGCUUGGGCAAGCCUACAGCGCCAUCCUUAGUCUCGCACAAGCGAAAGACCCGAACCUCGCCGACAAGGUUAUCUACGAGGCGCAUUCGAUCCACAAGGACGAGAUGGUGUCGGGAGGACUUGCGAGGGUCCCCGAUAUCAUUGCGCAGGAUCUCGAGCCGCAUGUCACCGAGUUCGGCGCGACCAUCGCACGAGUCGACGCCCUUACGGGCAAGUACAGCCUGCUCGCGCCUCAAAAGGGUACCUUCCGCGUCAACUGUCGCGACUGCCUCGACCGCUCGAACCUCGGCGAGUUCAGCAUCUCUACCGCCAUGCUCGCACAGCAGUGUCAGAAGCUCGGUCUGCCGUCUUUCCGUGGCAGCGCACUCGAGACGCUGCAUCGCAAGCUCUUCGCGGACAGCGGUGAUGCGCUGGCUAUGAUCUAUGCCGGAUCGGGGACUAUCAGUGGUUCGUUCGUCCGGACGGGCAAAACCACCGCGCGGCAGAUGGCCGAGAACGCCGCCAAUUCGGAGAAGCGGGAGAUCCAGGCGCUGUUACAUGACAAGGACAAGAACCGAGCGACGGAGAUUCUGACAGGCCAGUACAAGAAAAGCGAGCCGCCACCCGUCUUCGUCAUCAAAGCGCCUUCACGGCCUUCUCGCGGCACGAAGUCGGCGCCUCGCCUUCGUCUCUUCUAG